AUGGCCCUAGUCAGGAGGACCAGUAGAGCCACAUUUUGGAUGAAUCUACAAACUCACUGCAACAUCUGUGUACAGGUUGCAGCCACACUCAACAACCUGGCCGUGCUGUAUGGAAAACGUGGCAAAUACAGAGAAGCUGAGCCUCUGUGUAAGAGAGCUCUGGAGAUCCGUGAGAAGGUGCUGGGGGCAGAUCAUCCAGAUGUGGCCAAGCAGCUCAACAACCUGGCCCUGCUAUGUCAGAACCAGGGCAAGUACGCUGAGGUGGAACAGUACUACCAGCGCGCCCUCCACAUCUACCAGAGCCACAGGGACCCCAAUGACAGCAAUGUGGCCAAGACCAAGAACAACCUGGCCUCGUGUUACCUCAAACAGGGCAAAUACCGGCAGGCUGAGGCACUCUACAAAGAGAUCCUGAGCCACGCCCACGCCAAGGAGGGCUCCACUGUGGAAGGUGAGGCCCCCCCCUGCUGGUCCGGUGGUCCCGAAGGAAUGAGGCGCAGCGGCUCCUUCACCAAACUGCGUGAGUCCCUGAGACGCAGCAGUGAAAAACUGGUGCGCAAGCUAAAGGGUGGGGCCAAUAAAGAGCCACACCCCCACAGUGCUGGGAUGAAGAGGGCCAGGUCCCUGAAUGUGCUAAGUGUGGAGACGGGGGACCAGAAGCAGCGCUGGAGCACAGCAGACGGGAUGGGCUCCAAUACACAUGGGACCAGGCGCGGCUCCUACAGUGGGACCAACUAACCCUGGAUCCUAGGUCCAGUCCUACAGUGGGACCAACUAACCCUGGGUCCCAGGCCCCUGUACCUGGACUGAACUGUGAGUGUGGUACAGGCUUUACCAUGUUGUUUAACCUUCAUUUGGGUCUGAAGAAGUUUGGCCUCUAUGCACAGUAGCAGAGGAGAGCUGUGUCAGUGAUUCCACAUAUGACCACACCUUCUUGACCACAGCGCACCUGGUUUACAGAAUUUGUUUACCUGUAUUUACUUCCACAUCGCCUUUUCCCUGUGUAUUCUGGCUGGCUCCUUUACCUUUUAUGGUCACAAAGGGAUCACAGCCCCCCCAUGAUCUCGUGUAGACACAGAGCUGAUGAACAUUCCCUGGACAUCAGAUGUGAAAUCUGAUUUUAUCAGAUUAUUUAGGGAUUAUUUUAGGGAUCUUGUUUGCACUUGCACUGGACUGUUACAGUUUUUAAUUGUAUUUAUUCAUACUAGAAGGAGGCGGGUAAACCUCUGUUACAUUUGUGUGAAUAACUUCUAAAAAAAUGUACUUGAGUACUGUUACAAAACUUGUGGUUCCUAUUUCCACUGUAAGUCUACAAGUGACAAAAGCUUUAUGUUAACAAUAUUUUCAUAUUGUAUUAGUUUGUCUC